AUGGCAUUUCUGUUCUGUCAUUGCGGCGGCAAGUUAGUGGAGAUGGGAAGCGCCGAUCCGGCCGAUGAUCGGACCUUCAAUGGCGAUUUCAGUGACGAAGGAGUUGCCAGGUUGAAAGAGAGAGUGAAGGUUAAACUGAAGGAGUACAUGGGAAAUUAUACGGAUGACACUCUCGUGGAAUAUGUGAUAGUCUUGCUUAGAAACGGGAGACGGAAAGAGGAAGCGAAGAACGAAUUGAAAAUAUUUCUUGCUGAUGAUAGCGACUCUUUUGUGGCCUGGUUGUGGGAUCAUCUGGCGGAAAGUCUGGAUGAAUACUUUAGUUCUCAUAUGAAUGAGGAUAAAGCACUUGUGCAAAUGGAUUCGGAAUCUGAAAAGGGACGAUCUGGUUCUCGCCGCAGCAGACAAUGGAGAAGCCAGCCAAGUAAUGCUCCUGACGUUCCUCCCCUUCUGAGUUCUGAGGUUCACAAAAUUCAUGACUACAAGAAGAAAGAUCACAAAAAAAGACAUGAUAGAAGGUCUCCAUCUCCACAGUCUGAAUCCCACAGGAAAAGAAUUCGAACUGAGCGGAAUGAAAAGAGGGAGGCUAAGGCUAAACCUGAUGUCUCUCGCCGGCUUCUUCAGUUUGCUGUGCGAGAUGCUCUGGCUACAUCAAAGCCGUCAAAUUGUUCGACUGAACCCUCAUUAAAACGUCUUCGUUCAGUGGUGUCCGCAUCUACUGAAGACGCAUCCGACCCUGACCCAGCUCCGAAAAUUCGAUCUGUUGCUAGGGUUGUGAAUCCCACGGCCACUGUUUUGAAAGCUGUAGCUGAAGCCGCUGAAGAUGCCAAAAAACCAAAAUCUGGCAGAAGUGUCUUUGACAGAAUAAGUCAUUCUACUGGCUUUUCUGAGACCCUGGACCAACAUAUGGUGCUUAGUGAAGUCUCUACCGAGAAGGAAAAUUGUAGGAAUUUUAGCGAAGAUCAGGAACCAUUACAGCAUCAAUACUCGCAGAGUCUUGACAACAAUGGUGUGUAUGUUGAGAACAGGACAAGUUUUGACACUAGCUUGCAGCCAAAUUUUUCAUCUGAUCGAAGCAGACUAGGUUCAAGUGUUGAUGUGUCUCCAAGUAAUUUUCCUGGGAAUCGAGUUAACAAUCUGCAGCAUCGUUUAGUCGUUGACCCUGAAAGAGUUAAUGGGACGGAUUAUCAGAAUCACCUUACUGAAGUUGCAACCAAGCAUAAGACUGCAAGUUUCUCUGGCAAUGUAUAUACCGGGAAAACAGUCGGAGGAAGAUUAGUUUCUAGUGAAGCUAUCACUCAAUCAUCAACGGAGAAAGUCUUGGGUGGUAUGAUGGGGAAUGGAAAUAUAAAACCUGUUGCCGAUGGGAAAGAAGAUUCAACAAAUAAGAAAUCUGUUCCUGGGACAUUAUCCACUAUCCGCCCUUUGGAAGACGCUAGCUCUCGAACAAUCUUUGUGGCCAAUGUUCAUUUUGCUGCCACCAAGGAUAGUCUUUCAAAGCAUUUUAACAAGUUUGGUGAAGUGCUUAAAGCUGUCAUAGUUACAGAUCCAGCGACAGGGCAACCAAGUGGAUCAGCAUAUAUCGAGUUCACGCGCAAGGAAGCUGCAGAGAGUGCAUUGUCUCUGGACGGUACCUCUUUCAUGUCUCGGAUUCUCAAGAUUGGGAAAGGAAGCAAUGGGCAACAACAAGAGGCAGCGUCGAGCAUGACAUGGUCUCGUGGUGGAAGGUUCCCAAGAGCCUCCCCGUAUCGAAGAGGUGUCCCUGGUGGUGCAUUUAGGGGUCGUUCUGUUGUUAGAGGUGGAGCCAGGAGCAUGCAAUGGACGCGCGAUUCAAACAACAACAUUGUAGCUCCCACUCCUCGUAGUCGGACUUACGUCAGACCAGAAGCAAAAUCAGACGCAAAUGCAGCAAUUUGA